AUGGACAGCGGUGAGGGAGGCGGAGGGGAUGGAGGGGGAGGAGAGGAGAGAGAUGCUGACCUCAGUCCCCAGGCUUUAUCUCUUCCUCUCCUGACCCUAGCGGUCGUUCCGGAGCAAGGGUCAUCUUCUCAUACCUCAGCCAUGGCCCCUGCCAAAGAGCCCCUGACCCUGCCUCAGCAGGAGGAGGAGGGCGUAGAGGGGUCCCAGGCUAGAGAAGAGACCCAGGGAGGUGAGCAGAAAGAAGGAAUCCGACAUUCACAGGAGAAUGGAGCGUGUCAAAAGCAGGGGAUGAAGGAAGACUUCGGGGAGGGAUAUUUGUCAGGGCAAAGGAAGGAAGAAGGGGAGGUGCAUGUAGGUGUAGGAGAGGCGUCAGUUACAGGGGGCCUCCCAGCAGCCCUUAGCAGCAGAGGGGGAGAGGAGGAGGAGGAGAAGGAAGAGGAGGAGGCCAUCUCAAACCAAAGCCAAACCAAAUCCAAAUGUUCUUUAUUACCUCAACAGAGCCAGCACAGCUCUUCUUCCAGCACUGCAAAGGCCAGUGGCACACUCGACAGCAAAACAGCCGCCUCUCCAAAGCCCUCCCCCACUCCUUCCACUUCUCCAAAGCCCUCCCCUUUUCUUUCCGCCCCUCCAAAGCACUUCACUUGUCCGUCCUCAUCUUCUGCCCUGCUGAGCGAGACAGAGGUAAACGACAUUAAGGGAGAUCAGGGCUGGAUUUCUGAGUUUCCUCAGAGCUUUAAAUCCCAGCAGUCUACUCUUGCUUUUACACUGGCAGGCACGGAUCCUGCCAGUACACCUGCUGAGGAUGAUGGGCCGGCAGGGGCCCCUCACUCUUCCAUUUCCGACGGAGAUGGUGCCAAAGCUCCAGAACCAAAUGACAGCCAGCUAGACACAGAGGUGGAUGACGAGAGAGACAAAGAAGAAGAACAGAAAGAAGCUGUCCUUAAAAACCUUAACCAAGACCUCUCUCCUAAUUCACUGACCAGUCACAUGACCAUAAUGCACUCACGCAACUCCUGCAAAACGCUGAAAUGCCCCAAGUGUAACUGGCACUAUAAGUCUCAGCAUACACUGCAAGUCCACAUGAAAGAGAAACAUCCGGAGACGGGAGGCCAAUGUGUGUGUUCCUAUUGCAGCUCGGGGAAACCCCAUCCGCGCUUGGCCCGUGGCGAAACCUACGCCUGUGGCUACAAGCCCUACCGCUGUGAGGUGUGUGACUAUGCUACCUCAUCGAAAGGCAACCUCAGCAUACACAUGCAGUCGGAUAAACACCUUAACAACGUUCAAAGUGGGGGACACUCGAAUGGUAUCAUUCACACUUCCCACAUUACCACAAACAACAGCAGCUCCUCCGAGGUUAACGCCGUGGAUGAGCCCACAUACAUGCCCCCACUUCCUACUCCCACGCCUGCUAUCCAGCCCACCAAGCUCACACCACCCACACACACUCACUCUCAUGGUAAACGUUGGCGGUGUGAUGUGUGCGACUAUGAGACCAGCAUUGCCCGCAACCUGCGCAUACACACCACCAGCGAGAAACACACACAUAACAUGCUACGGCUCCAGAGAGGAUACUACCUGUCUCACUGUAGGAGUCUUGCCCCGCAGCUGAAACACUUACAAAACGCAGGUGCGGAGCUCUCCUUGAACAUGCGACUGACCAGUCAACAAGUCGCAGAUCAGCCAGUCACCCUUGGGUCUACACUGACUCCUUCUCCCUCCCCCUCCCCCUCCCUGUUUCAAUGCCUUGUCUGCUCCUGCUUUUCGUCCGACAGCUUAGAGUCUGUGGAGCAGCACCUGAACGCCCCUCGCUCUCUGCCCCAGUCUGAGUGGUGCUCCCUGGUCGCUGGUGGCUGUCACUGCCGGCUGUGCGGCUACACCACCGCGCUGAGGGCAAACUUCUCCUUGCACUGCCAGACUGACAGACACCGCACCCGGUACCAGCUUGCCGCUCACCUCCAGGAGGGUGGGGACAGGGGUCAGGAAGGGGCUGCCAUUAUUGCUAAGGGCAACCCCAUCCAGCUGAGGUGCAACCUGUGUGACUACGUGACCAGCAGUUUGGACAAGCUGCGAGGACAUUCCCUCAGCUCACACCACGAGGCCAGCGUCCGGGUUUACCGAUUCCUGCAGCAGUAUGAUGGUGAGGUUGAUGGGGGAUCUUGGCUGUUCCAUUGUCUCUUAUGCAACCACUCCUCCUCUUCUAAACUACAAGUACUGAAACACAGUCAAACCCCAACCCAUCAGCAGAGGGAAGGGCUACUACAGCUGCAGCCGAUGGGCGGAGAGGAGCUGGCAGCCAUUUUUACCAUCAGGAAAAGCCCUGAUGGUGUCACAGAAGAGCUCAGUGAGGAUAUGGAAACUUCCAGUGAGACCACCACUGGUCCUUUGGACACAACCAAAGACACUUAUAACUUGGGGGCGAAGCAGAUUGCUGAGGAGACAGAAGAAACUAUGGAGGAGGAAAGAGAAAAGAGGGAGUCAUUUCCAUCAGUCAAGCGUCCAUCCUCUCAAUGCGAGGAAAUGGAAAACUCUAUUUCAACCAAACGCCCCAGAAUACACCAGCAAAAUCCGAACCAGCAGACUGUCCAGUGCCCUUUGUGCCAGGUUAAACUCCAACUCACAAACCUUCGACAGCAUCUCACGCAAGUGCACAGUGUUGCACAGGACUGUGUGGACAAGCUCAUCAGCACAGUCACACUAUCCAUGGAACAACCCCAGCCUCAGCUGCAGACAGAACCACAGACGGAUGAUACUCAGAAAAAUAAAAACACCAAGAAUACCAAUGCAAAUUGUUCCAAUACUGCUGAUUCCAGUGCCUCAGUUGAUUCACAGAAAAACCAAGGCAUUUCAGUAGAGACCACUGAGGGAGAUGUAGCCGCACCCAAAGAUGUCACAGCUCUACUCACCCCACCCCUAGAAGACAACACCACCCACCCUUCCAAUGUCAGACUGGCUCCUCAGUCCCCAACUCAGACCCCCCUCCUCCCCGACCGGCGACCCCCUCCUCUUUCUGAUCGCCAUGGUUACCGGUUCCGUUGUAGCAGGUGCAGCUUGGCGUUCCCCACUCAAGAGAAGCUCGAGCUGCACUGGCAGUACCAUGCCAUGAGGGCGGCGACAGAGUGCCCCCUCUGCUCUAGACAAUGCCGCAGUCAAGAGGCCUUGCAGAGACACAUGCAGAACACACACUCACAGCUGGACAACACACAGGGAGAUAAUACAGUCUUACCACCUCACACUGCACAAAACAUGGAGCUAAAUAAGAGUUCAGUUCAACAAGAUUUUAGUUUAUCACCUCAAGUUGGUCAAGAAGCAGGAGAGGGUGAGGAUGAAGAGACAGAGGAAGAAGCACUAGGCAUGGAGGGAAAGGAGCAACAAAAAGAAGAAUUUAAAGAGAAGGACGUGAUGGGUGAAGUUGAUGGAGAUGAGGACAGUAUAACUGAGCCAGAGAAAGGGCCACAUGAUGAGAUCAUAUCAGAACCUACUUCCAGCUUGUUUGUCAAGAAGAGCUCUAACCCCACAAUGGACCGCUAUCUGGAUCCAACCAGGCCCUAUAAAUGCACAAUAUGCUCAGAAUCUUUUACCCAGAAAACCAUUCUUCUGGUCCACUAUAACUCCGUGUCCCAUCUCCACCGGGCCAGACGAGCCCUACAGGAUUCUGGCACAGGUGUUGCUGUCCCUGAGGCUCCCCGUGGCCCAGAUCCUAGGCCCUACCGCUGCCGAUUGUGUGGAGUGGGCUAUAGCCAGAGCUCCACACUGGACAUACAUCUCCGCUCUGUUCUUCACCAGACUCGAGCUCGUGCUGCCCAGAACUCAGCUCAACAGACCCCCACAUCUAGUGUAGUUGCUCCAGUGUCAGUCCCCACUACUGCCACUCAGGCAUCCACCAACAGAGAAGAAACAUCAAAGGGUUUGCCAUUCACCAAGAGGCCAGAUGUAGUAAGCUCUUCAACCUCUUUACUAUUAGGCUCUGGCUUAGCAGCUGAGGCGCAGCCAACCCUUCCUAUCCCAACUAACAGCCAGCAGGCUAAAAGUAGAGUUGCAGAACUUAUAGCAUCAAGAAACCAGCUAAUGCUAAUACAACAGCAGCAGUUAGCCCAGGCUCAGGCACAGGCCCAAGCUCAGUUACAACAACACACGGCUCUGCUCCAGUCCCAAUUGAUGCAGCACCUUCCCUUAGGGACAGAGAAUCUCCUCAAACAACACUUCUCCCUGGCACCAGACAACUUGCUCUCUCUCCAGCAGCAACUUCUUCUGCCCUUUUAUUUGUCAGGAGACCUGAAUAUUAACCCAGAGUUAACGGUUAAGAGCCUCGAUCUUAGUCAGUUCAUAUAUGCCAACUCCAUCCCCAAAGAACAGGUUAAGGUGGAAGUUAAAAGGGAGUCCCAACCUCAAAUGGAUGAGAAACAAACCCAGAGACAACGUUCAAACUCAGCUGUUAGCCAACCAAAGGAUCGUGUGCAGUGUGAAGCCAAGGUUGAAGCUGGCUGCAGUGGAACUGCCAAUAACCAGUCAGAAGAAGGACAUAGCUAUUCUUAUCUAGAGAAAGAAAAAGAAGAACUGUCUGUUCCUACUGUUGGAUUGCAGUGUCCUCCUCCCAGAGUGCCCUAUACAGCUGUGAAUGGCGAGCCUGUUCGAGCCCUGCUGCAGAGUUAUGGCUAUGAGUUGGCAUUGCAAUACAUCCAAAGUAGACAUAGACACCAGCAGCAAAUACCAACCCAUAUGAUACCAGAUAAACUGGAGUGUUCUUAUAUCAACAAGAUGGAGGUAUGCUCAGAAGAAGAAAGACUUGAGCUAAGUGGACUACAGGAUGGAAAGCUGGAAGGCUGUAACAAGGAUCAGAAUGGAGUAGAGGGCAAUGGAGAGAUAGAAAGUGACAAAAAAAAGAAAGAUGAGGAAUCAGUAAACAAAGUGAAAGGUUGUUGUGGAAGAGGAGAAAAGUGUAGAGACUGUGGCAAGUUUUUUUCAGAUGCCUUGAUUUUAAAAAGUCACCGGGAGUACAUUCAUAGGAAACUGUUUCCUACUCCUGCGCUGGAGAGGUUUUCCAGAGAAUACAGGCUGCAGUAUGACCAGAUGUACCCGCUCACACAGCCUAAAUCUGGGGAGAAUUCAACUGCUUCAGCUGCUGCCCCAGUCCCGUCCUCAGAAUCAGAAACAGCACCGGAACCAGUUAUGCCUCAAGUUAAAAGCCUCACACCCUCACCUGAACCGUCAUUUUCAGAUCCCAUAACCAAAACAUUUGCUCUUGCCACAGACCUAACAACAACUGCCCCCAAACCUUCUUCUUCUCCAUUUCUUUCUCAAUCUCAAGAAUUUCCACAACAAGAUGCACCCAUCCCAAGCACAUCUGCUACAACUAUUUCUCAAACCACAUCCCCAGCUAACGCCAUACCUCUUACUUUACCGAAAAUACCAAUGCCUCCUUUAGCCUUGCCCCAGCUUCCUGUAGCCCAACUGCCUUUACCUAAGCUUUCCCUACCCAACAUUCCUUUUUCCAUGGACCUUCCUCUCCUCUCUCCGGUUAUGAUGCAGUCUAUGGGUCUCCAGCCCCAAACUUGGUUUGACUCAAGUGUGAACCCUGAGUUGGCAAAACUCUACCAAUCUCAACUCAACCAAGCACUGCUCGGGCAACAGCCACAGCUCAGCCCUUCUUUGCUUGUCCAGCAACCCCAGCUCAGCCCAGCUUUGCAAGGUCAGCCUUCACAGAUAAAUUCUGCACUGUUGAGUCAACACUCCCAGCCAAGUCCCAUCCAAACAGGACAGCAACCCCAAGUCAGCCCAACCAUACUUGAACAGGGUAAGAGAACUCGAACCCGAAUCUCUGAGGAGCAACUGACUGUCCUGAGGAAACACUUUGAUAUUAACAGCCUCCCCAGCGAGGAAGAGAUGAACAAGAUGUCUGCUCUGUCUGGGUUGCCUCAUAAAGUUAUCAAACACUGGUUUCGCAACACCCUAUUUAAAGAGCGUCAGCGAGACAAGGAUUCCCCUUACAAUUUUAAUAACCCCCCAACCAUAGCCCUAGAGGAGACCAGAGUAGAAGCACAAAACCCCUCACCACAGCCCCAGACAACAGACCUCCUUAGAGGAGAGCCCCAUAGAGGCCGACGCUCUUCCCGAACCCGCUUCACGGAACAACAGCUGGAGACCCUGCAGGGGGUGUUUGAGGUGACUCCCUAUCCCAGAGAGGAAGAAUAUGACAGCUUGUCUGCUCUGUUGUCUCUCCCUAACAGAAUCAUUGUUGUGUGGUUCCAAAAUGCAAGGCAGAGAGCCCGUAAAAAUCAAGACCAGGGGACAGACGAUGGAUUAGAGGGGAAGAACCAACUUGACAACAUUCAUAGACAGAGAAAUGGCUGCUACAAGAAUGAUGAUGACAAUAACAGCGGUGGGGAUGAUGCACACGAUGAAUCUCAGAAUGAAAACUCCAUGGAUCUGACUUAUGAGUAUUACACCAACCCUGACUCACCUGUCCUUGAUUCUUCCUCUCACUGCAUAGAAAGUGAGCAUCCAACAGCCAGUGGUGAACCAACACCUGUUACUAGGAAACAAGAAGACAAAACAAUAUCUUCUCAGGCUAACCUAGAUCUUGUUCAAACUCAAAAUGGAAUUUCAGAUGCAGACAUCCAGCUUAAGGACAUUGUUCCGGCCAUGAAAAUUAGGUCCUCGCCACAACCUGAGCCCAAUCUGCAGCCAGAAAGUACUCCAGAAAGACCCCAGCAUUGCUCCUCCUCCUCUUCACAAAAAACAGUACACACCAUCACGUCCACAGCUCAUUCCAGCCAGGGGCAUACAUGCAGCCCUCCUUCUGAUCCCACUGUUGAAAAGCCUGUCGAAACAUCACCCAGCCUCCCUGCUGCUUCAGAGUCUGACACAAGCUACAUUCGGCUACCUGAUGCCACCUCUGGCCUAUCCACUGAAAACCAGCAAAAAAAACCGCUCAAACCCCAAACGCAGGCUCAGUUCCAGUGCAGUCUCUGCCCAGUGUCCUUGCCCUCAUUCCAGCUGUGGCAGGAGCAUCAGACCAGGCACCUCCUGGCAGCUCAGUCCCAGGUCCAAUUUCUCCAUUCUGGCUUCACAGACCGAACCAUGCCUUACAUGAUGCUACACCCCAACCACACCCUGAUGGCCAGCCAAAUGCUUUCAGGGGCUAUUAACAACCUCACCAGCCUCUCUCAAAGUUCCCUGACACCCAUGAAGCAGAAUUCAAAGCUUAUGUCAGAGAUCAGUUAUGAAAGCCAAAGGGGGAGUAGAGAGAUUGAGGAAGAUCACCGAAGGGAUAAGCGUCAGAGAACCACCAUCACCCCAGAACAGCUUGAAGUGUUGUAUCAGCGCUACAGUAUGGACUCAAACCCCACCAGAGGAGUCCUGGAAGGCAUUGCACGCGAUGUAGGCCUAACAAGACGUGUGGUUCAGGUCUGGUUUCAGAAUACACGGGCCCGUGAGAGAAAAGGACAGUUCCGGUCAAUGGGACCAGGAUCCAGUUUCACCUUGGGUUUGAACCACUUGCGCUGCCCAUUCUGCAGGGCUCUCUUCAAGGUAAAGAGUGCCCUUGAUGCCCAUAUGAGGUCACGCCACUGGGCCGAAGCUGAAAGAGCAGGCUACAACUUAUCAAUGAGUAAUGGAUCCAAUGGGCAGAUUGGGAUGGCUAUGUCAUCUGUCAUGGACAGACCAGGCCCAUCAAUCUCCUCCAACCUCAUCCCAAACCAUGGUUAUGUCAUCAUUAACAAAGAGUUAAGUAUGAAGCUACCUGUGACCUCUUUGUCUUCAACCACCGAUCUGAACAACCCAGAGGACGAUGAUGACUAUGAGGAAGACGAUGAGGAGUACCCAUGUGAGGAGGGUUCCAGUACGGCUGACCAAGGGUCUCCUAGUCCUGAGGGAUCUGGGGGUCCAAGCUCAGAUUGGGGUGAGAUGCAAAGUCUGCAACAGCACCAACAUCAGCAGCAGCGCCAAAGGACACAGAUGAGUCACUUCCAGGUACUCCAGCUCAGAGACUUCUACAGGAGCCACCGUACCCCCAACCGACACGAGUGUGAGACACUGGGCCAGGAGUUGGGACUGCCUCACCGAGUUGUGCAGGUGUGGUUCCAGAAUGCCAGAGCCAAGGAGAAGAGGGCCAGGAGCCUGAGCUCUGACUCUGCAGAGAGGGAGCAGGCCGAGCUGUCCGCGGGAGCAGGGGAGAGAGACAGAGCUUAG